GUUGCGGUGCAUGGAUGUUGCUUGCUACAUUUUUCAAACUACCGGUCUCUACGACUCAUUCCAUCGUUGGCGCAACCAUCGGUUUCUCCCUCGUCCUGAAAGGUUCAGUGGGCAUCCGGUGGUAUAAGAUCUCGCGCAUCUUUGCAUCUUGGAUUGUGUCUCCUCUCCUUUCCGGUAUUGUCUCUGUGGCAUUUUUCAUCAUUAUCGAUCAUUUCGUCCUCAGAAAGGUAAUUAACGCCACACAUCUUCUUUGCAGUCGUAGAUGUUAUCAGAGUCGAUGCACUAAAACACUGUGUAGGCAGCGCUGGAUUCUUUUCGCUAGUUGAUU